UUUUAGGAGUCUCUCUUGUGGAUGACAGCAGGGAGCAGGAGCUGGUAGAGAUGCUGUAGCUGCUCACACAACCGCUAGAAGACAAACGCAGUGGUCCUCCCACCUUCCCAGCAGCCCUGAGGAGGAGCAGCAACUAUCCUUAAUAAAAACACCGAUGAAUGGGACUUUGGAUCCUGAACCUGCGAGCUCUGUGCUGUGGAAGUGGGGCGCAUAAAAGCGGACAGAGAGGGGACAGGAUUUGUUCUUUCAGUGAGAGAAAAGAGACCCGAGGUGGAGAAGAGAAAAGACGCAGCAGUGACAGAGCAGCAGUCGUGCGCAGCAGCGAGCAGCGAAAUAGACCCAACUAUUGUGGAGGACUGAAGAUUGAUAACACAACUGAACUGGGCGAGCAGAGACACCAGCAGAUGUAAUUUACCAAAAAAAAGAAGCGUUGCAGCUGGUUUGGUUGCCAGUGCUGGAUGGGUUAUUCUCCUUUUUCAUCAGUCACUGCUUCCAGCGUUUCCACAUUACUUGGUUGAUCUCGGACGGCUGUCUUCUCUGUGUGUGAAGGGAGUACUGCUGCUGCAGAGACAUGUGUCGUUGCGCGACAUAGAAGCUCUUUGUGGGUCUGUUUUGCACCGGGGACAGGUGGUGCGUGGUGUGUGUGAUGUGUGUGUGUUGCAAAAGGGGGCACGGACACACAACCCCCCUGAGACAGUUGUCUUAGGGAUGUCAGGCCGGCGGACUGGAUCAGUUUUUUUGCAAGAGACAGGUGCGACAGGGAGGAGUAGUUUCCAAAGCACCGAACAGGAUCUGGUAACGUCCUCUGUCCUCUGAGCACUCUACUCGGAUUUUUUUUUUUUUUUUUUGGUAUCCAGCAAAAAUCGACUCACACUGUCGUUUUUUCUCAGUUGGCAUCUUCACCCUCGAUUAUCAGAGACUCCGUCGUUGUGUUGCCAUGGCGACCGUGGCCCCUCCUUUCUUCCUGCUGUGUUGGCUGUUCCGAACGGCCAGCUCGGCGUUCCCAGAGGAACCGGCACCCCUCAACUUCAUCCCCACCGAAGUGGUGAGAAGACACCCGGUGUUUCUGGGCCGACCCCACCGAACGUGGCUGAGACAAGAGCCUCUACACAUCCAGAGGGUCCUCCAGGUCAAUCGGACACUCUACAUCGGAGCCAGGGAUGACCUUUUCCGCGUCGAGUUGGACAUCGUUUCAGGAGACGAGAUGUUCUACAGCAAGAAAAGGACGUGGGAGUCGAACAAGAAUGACAUUAGGAUCUGCAGAAUGAAGGGCAAACAUGAGGAUGAAUGCCGUAAUUUCAUGAAGGUGCUGCUCAGAAGACAAGGAGGCCUGUUUGUGUGCGGGACCAACGCCUUCAACCCGCUCUGUGCCAACUACACUGGAGACACUCUCGAGAUGGUUGGAGACACGGUCAGUGGUAUGGCGAGAUGCCCCUAUGACCCCAAACACGCCAAUGUAGCUCGGUUUGCAGAGGGGAAUCUGUUUACAGCCACAGUGACAGACUUCCUGGCCAUUGAUGCGGUGAUCUACCGUAGCCUUGGGGACAGUCCCGCUCUGCGCACCGUCAAGCACGACUCCAAGUGGUUCAGAGAGCCGUAUUUUGUCAGCGCCGUGGAGUGGGGACCUCACAUCUACUUCUUCUUCCGAGAGAUAGCCAUGGAGUUCAAUUACCUGGAGAAGGUGGUGGUGUCAAGGGUGUCGCGGGUGUGCAAACGUGAUCUCGGCGGCUCUCAGCGUGUCCUGGAGAAGCAGUGGACCUCGUUCCUGAAGGCCCGUCUGAACUGCUCCGUCCCCGGCGAUUCCCACUUCUACUUCAACCUGCUCCACUCCACCAGCCCCAUCAUCAGGAUGCACGGCAGGGACAUAAUCCUGGGGGUGUUCUCCACACCGGCAAACAGUAUCCCGGGUUCGGCGGUGUGUGCCUUCGACAUGGAGCAGCUGGCCGGGGUGUUUGAAGGGAGGUUCAAGGAGCAGAAAUCACCCGAGUCUAUUUGGACGCCUGUUCCAGAUGAAGUCAUCCCGAAGCCAAGACCCGGCGGCUGUGCUGUUCAAGGCACCAGGUUUAAUUCCUCAAACGCGUUCCCUGAUGAGAUGCUCAACUUCGUCAAGACCCAUCCUCUGAUGGAUGAAGCCGUCCCAUCACUCGGACAGAGACCCUGGAUUGUCAGAACCAUGGUCAGGUACCAGCUGAAUAAGAUCGUGGUGGAUUCAGAAGCCGGGCCUCAUAGGAACCGGACUGUGCUGUUCCUCGGGUCCAGCAGAGGGACCAUCCUCAAGUUCCUCAUCAUGCCCAACCAGGACAACACCGUCACCAACAGCAACAUCUUCCUGGAGGAACUGGAGGGAUUCAACCCCGAUAAGUGCGCUGAAGAUUCUGUGCAGGCCAGGCAGCUGCUGUCUCUGACUCUGGACCGGCCGAGCCACACUCUGCUCCUCGCCUUCCCAUCCUGUGUGGUCAGAGUGCCGGUGGCACGAUGCCAGCUCUACUCCCGAUGCAUGAAAAACUGUAUCGCCUCCAGGGAUCCUUACUGUGGCUGGACCAGAGGAAGCACCUGCUCUUUCCUCAGACCUGGGACCAGACUGCCGUUCGAGCAAGAUGUUGAACAGGGAAACGUGGCCCACUUGGGUGACUGUGACGGAAUGCUGCUCCAGGAGAGUUUCAUCGAGGAGCCCGACGGUCUGGUGUCUGUAAACCUGCUGGUGGUUUCUGCUGUUUCAGCCUUCGCAACAGGAGCCAUCCUCUCCGGCCUCACCGUCUGCUGGAUCAUGAGUCACCGCCACCGCCACUCUCGAGGCUCCGGAGCCAACGGCACCCGGCGCAAGAGUGACAAAGAGCAGAGCAUGCUGGGGCAGGGCCGCAGCGGGUCAGUGAUGAGCGUAACAAGAACCAGCGGCGGUGAGAGGCGGCGCUCCCAAGCGGACAACCCCUUCGUCACGCCCAACGGCUGGCCCAAAGGAGAGAUGGACCCCGGCUUGCUGCCGACCCCGGAGCAGACCCCGCUGCAGCAGAAGCGGGCCAUGCGUCUCCCGGACACCGACUGGGACCAGAGCCAGACCUUCCUCACCGCCGUGGGGACUCCCUGCCCCAACAACUCCGUCAUCUACCUGAGCUCCAAGUUCCUACAUGGAGGCGGAGGGGGCGGAGGGAUGGUCCGGAUAGAGGACCAGGGUGAGGUCGUGCUGCCCCCGCACACAGAGCGCCAGCGCUACCUGAUCCUCGCCACCCAGAGAGGGGAGCACGGCGGCGGUCGUCCAAGCGGUACCCUGAGGAACUCAGCGGGAGAUUACAUCUACCCCGCCACGCCGCAGGACUCCCCCGACCGACGGAGGGUGGUGUCCGCUCCCACUCCCCACAUGGACUAUGGGGAGCCUCGCUGGAGUCACGAGGCGCUCAACUACAACAGCAACAAUGGCGUGCCCUACCACCCCCAGCGCCCGGGCCUCAUCAGGCCAGACAUGCACGGGCCUCGAGGGCUGGGGGAGCUGGCUGACUUCAGCCACCUUCUAGGGAAGAACAUGGGAGAGCGCACCCCCAGUGGCCAGUGAGGCAAAGUACGUGAGCCCUGGCACCAAGCUCUCUCUGAACACCCAUUCCCUCCAACAGCAGACUGGAAUAAAUCAAACCCCUCAGACUCACUGUCCCGGUCCAACCUUACCCUGUCUGUCCUCUCUCACUGUCAUUCAAUGUCCUGACGUCAUUCAGCUGACUGAAGAGAGAGACAAAAGAGAGAGUCGAAAACGAGGAGCAAACUCUCCUCACGUCUCCGUUCCUCUGCUCUUAUUCCGAGGUGCACCCCUCUGCUCAAGUGGUACGACCCGCAGAGCUUGACUUUGACACCACGGGACAAACAGGAAGGUAAAGAGAGGGGUGCAAAGGAAAGGGAAUCUUCUCAAAGGAGAAUUUUUUUUUUUUUUAAAUGACAAUUUCCCUUGCAGCGCCAAAUGUGAAAGGUCUCCCUCCACCUCCACCAUUUUUUGUUCACCGUUAUGACACCAUGGAUCUUCUUUAAGUGUGAAAUUUUCUGCUUUUUUUUGUGCCAGUGGCAUCCAGCAGACAACAAUGUGCUUUACAAUGGAUUUCAGAUGAGACUAAAACUGUUGUAGCCGUGCCAGAGGGCAAGUGACUCUCAACGAAUCAUGCAGUGUGUGAUUGUAUGUGUGUGUGUGUGUGUGUGUGUGUGUGUGUGUGAGAAUGUGAGUGGCCACGACAACCCCAACCAGUGUCCUGUCUUAACUGUGAAGUAUAACUAUAUAAUGAAGUUUCUGUACGGAGGAGGUUGAAGUUAACAUUUUUUUAUAAAACAAUCACAGAGAGACAAAUUUUAUUAUGUGUCUCUAUGUGUUUACCAAUCAGAGAUGUAUGAGUGGUUGACCCACUGGUCAAUUUUUGUGAUUCCCAGUACCUCAGAGGCAGCGCUGGACAGAGCCAUCAUGAAGUUAAAGAAAGCAAUAAUAAGCAAGAAACAUAUAAGGACGAAGUUAAAGCCAAUUUAAUUUUAUAAUGUUUUCUCCGCAAAGUGAAGUUAAGAGCUGUCAGGAGGAGCUGAGCGCUGGGAAAAGGAACAAUAUCUCCCCCUCCCAUUCUUCCCUCCCUCGCUGCCUCUCAGUAUGCCCGGGUCUGUCCGACCUGACCUGAGGCCCCCACGGGCUCCGCAGUCCAUUUGGAGGAGGGAAUGUGAGCUGUGGCUGUCUGGCUGUCUGACUGGAGCUGUGAGGCCCGGCCGCUUGGGAGCUCCAUUCAGCCUCUUCUGCCCGACACUGAGCCUCUUUGUGCCCCAGAAGCAGGAGGAGACUGCGGCAACAAAUAGCCGUUAAGAGUCAGGAACCUAGCCCAGCGCCGCAGCCUCGCGGAAUAUCAAUGAGGAGGACAGCGGCUCCAUCCGUCAUGUGAGAUGUACCAACCAGGACCGGGCAUCUCUUGUGCUUCACCCACUCACUGGUUUGCCAGGACUAAAGGAGGAGCUGAGGGCUGAGGCCAGAGCUGGGGCACUGCUAACUGUCACAAUGGUCAUCCCUUGUGGCUUUAUCCCUUUCAGUGUGUUUCACAACAAAAGCGGGAUAAAGAAAACAGAUGGGCAUUGGUAUACUUGGGUGUGGAGUUACUCUUUCACUCCGUUGUCUGAUCUUUUGAUGUUCUUUUUUGUCUGUCCUCAUCCGAUUCAAAUGUAGAUCCAGAGAUAGCUUUAGUUCAUCUGGGUCACGGUGUGUUAGAGGUGGUGGUUUUUUGUGUCUGUGAGUCUCUUUGGGUUUGUGUCCAUGAAU